UAGAAGAAAGAUGGAGCAAAUCCUCUUGUUCCUACUGGUCUGCAUUUGUGAGCAGGGGCUUUCAGCCCCAGCUCCAAACGAGGUCCAUGGAAUACUUCCCAAGAGCAAAACUAAAGGAGUUGAUUUCUGUGGUGUAGACAAGUAUUACUACAUUGUCCGUUCCGACCUGGGCUGCUACUUGAGAUCUACUGAUUUCCAUGCAGGGAAAGACCUGGAGAUAUUUGGUCUGCACAACUCUGUCCGUGGUGGAGACCACUAUCUGGCCGAUAAGGAUGACUUUUUUUACAUCAUCAAGGGGAACUCUUACCGCCGAGUAACCAACCUGAACACUGACGAUGAUAGUAAGACCUACACUCUCCAUCGCAACUGCCAAAACGGAGACCAUUACUUCUCCUUUGAUAAGUACUUUUACAUUAUAUUCAAGAAGAGGGGGUGGUACCGCCGUGUCACCAAUAUGCAGACAGACGAAAAUCCCAUUGAAUCUACUAUUUACGCAACGCUCAAAGACGGUCUGUAUUACUGGGGAAUCAAGGACAAAAUAUACCUUGUGAAACCAAAUAACAAUUGGGGAGUUGAGUUUUACCGAGUCGAAGACAUGCUGGGUAAAAACCCUUCCACAAUUUCCUUCCAUGCCAGUGUGCUCAACUUCCUCCCUGGAGGCGUGUCUAUAAAUCAUGGUAAAGCUUUUGGUGUCUGGCAGUCUGUCAAAACCGUCAGAAAUGAUGCCAAAAUAAGUGUUGCUUGGGAACAGCAAAUUACUAAGAAGGUUGGAUAUGCGAAGAAAGAGAUGCACAGCAUGGAACACAACUGGAAAGUAUCUUCGAGUGUUAAAGUUGGGGCAGAAGGUCUCACAAGAUUACUCUUGGCAGCACAAUUCUCCCUGUCAGCUCAAUAUGGCGGGAAAAGUAUUGACAGCACAGAAGAAACAUGGAGCGAUGCAACUGAUGUCUCUGAAAAAGUCAGCUUCACUCUGCCUCCGAAUACCAACAUUUAUUUCUGGCAAUACAAGCUGGGUUUGGGCAAGGAUGACGUAUUGUACUGCCGUGACCUGGCUUUUACUGAUAAUUCUAACCCACCUACUUAUGUCCCAUUGCCACCGGCAGCUGCUUAAGCCCAAAUAACAUAGCAAUAGGCUGCCAAUUCUUUCCUCUGGUUUAUGGUACUUUAAAAUUGUCUCUGUCCAGGCUCUUGUUCUUCACCAUCUGUGUUUCUCUUUACCUGCUUUCCUUACUUUG